CAGACAUUUAAGGAUGAACUCGAUGCCACAGUUCUGACGACCCAGCGUGACUGAGCCAGACCUCUGUUCUCACAUACACCAGCACUAUAUAACCCCGGGGUAGAGUUUUGCAGCAGCAGUUGUCCAGUCUUUUCAGAGCUGAACCCGCAUCUCCACCAUGAAGGCUGUCCUGUGCCUCCUCGUUCUCGUGGCUUCUGUUUACUCUGUUCCGAGGGAAUUAAUUGAGAAACGCUUCUUCUUAGACGACAUUGACCUUGACACCUUUGGUCUUGCCCAUCUCUUUAACGUGACGACCGUUAGAACUACCGUCUGCGGAAUCGUGGCUCUGGGCGGAAGUGACGAAACCGAGGCGCAGUGCGAGGGUCUGUGCCACAAGGUUCUGACAGGUGAAACAGUUGCUGAGAACCUUCUCCACAGUGGCUGUCCUCUCCUCUGCAACUCUCUCCAAAAGCUGGUCCAUCUCAUCCCCUGCUGAUAAUGAUCGAGUUGUCUCGAUGUUUUGUCUGAAAAUGUGAAUGUUGAAGAUCCCGGAUGACAGAAAAUUCGAUGUGGAAAUAAAACUUUGCUAACUCGA